AUGUCCGAGGUCCCGAUUGCCGUCGACCCGGACUAUUAUACCACGCACGAUGCAUAUCAGCCCAGUGACUUUGAGUCGGAGACGACAUCUCUUGCAUCAUCCAUUUACCGGGGGGUGAUGGAAAAUGGCCGACGAUAUCAAACCGUCCGAGAGGGUGAUUAUUGGGGCCCGUCGGAUGAGCAGCAGUUUGAAAGUCUUGAAGCCGGCCAUCUCGUCUGUCUGAUCAUGGAAGCGAACACUCCCAACCCACUUUUCCAGGCACCUGUCAAGAACCCCAAACAUGUGCUUGACCUGGGAACCGGCCGAGGGAGCUGGGCCGUAGAUGUGGCCGAUAUGUUCCCCGAAGCCAACGUGCGCGGCGUGGACCUGUUCCCCCCGCCGGUGGAAUGGCUGCCGCCGAACUGCGUGAUGGAGGUGGACGACGUGCUACAAGAAUGGACAUGGCGCCAGCCCUUUGACCUGAUCCACCUGCGCCAAAUGAUCGGGGCGUUUACAAUCCCCGAAUGGGACAGCGUGUACAAGCGGUGUUAUAACCACCUCCAACCCGGCGGCUGGAUCGAACAAGUCGAAGGUGACCCCCGCGUAACCAGCGACGACGGCAGCCUCGCCAAAGACGCCAGCAUCAUCUACAUGGGCAAGGCGAUCUUUGCCGCCGCCGACAUCUGGGGCCACCCGCUGGACACGCUGGACACGAUGCGCGGCGCCAUGGAACGCGCCGGGUUCGUCGACGUCCACGAAAGGGUGUACAAGUGGCCCAUUGGGCCGUGGCCGCGCGAUUCCACCCUCAAAGAGGCUGGCCGGCUUCACUACCACCAGUGGUCGGCCGGCAUGGAGGGCUGGACCAUGUAUUUCCUGACCAAGUGGGGGACGCCGAAGCCGUGGAGUAAGGAGGAGGUGCAGGUGCUGAUUGCGAAGAUUCGGAAGGAGAUUAAGGAUCCGAGGAAGCAUAUUUACCAGGCUGCCCGUCGGGUCUGGGCUCGGAAGCCGACUGAGGAAGAGAUCGCGAACUCAUCUGUAAAGCAGGAGCCAGUCGUGAAACAGGAACCAAUUGUCAAACAAGAGCCGGUCGUAAAACAAGAGCCUGGCGCACAAGAUCCUAUUGCGAACGAUCCUGCUGUACAGGAGCCAGUCGUGAAGCAGGAACCUGGCACACAAGAUCCUGUUGCGACGGAGCCCAUCGUGAAGAAGGAACCCAGUCCUUAG